AUGGCAAAAAUGGAAAUAGUUUUAAUACUGGUAAUGUCGAUAUUAUCGAAUACAGUGCUAACGGCUCGGGAACCAAAACAAAUUACAUUGGCAAAUCAAGGAACAAUAGCGGGAGUGUACAUAACGAGAUUUAGAACAAAUAGAAUAGCAGCGUACCUUGGAAUACCUUACGCUCAACCACCAAUUGACGCCAGACGCUUUGCACCCCCUGAAUAUACAGAUCUUCCUCGAUGGGAGGGUGUGAGGAACGCUACAACUUACACACCCGAUUGUAUGCAAAGCGACCCGAAGAAGGAAGACGUUCAGCGCCCGCUGAAUAAACACGACGACCUCUUUGCGAAAUUACUGGAAUCACAAAUGGAGGAGCCGCGUAAGAAGGAAUACUCCGAGGACUGUCUAUACCUCAACGUUUACGUUCCAGAUGAUCUCAUGAUUGAAGGCUACCCAACAAUGGUUUGGAUUCACGGUGGAGAUUUCGUUGGAGGUAGCCCAAAUAGUGUUAAUCCAUUCCAACUUGUUCUAAAACAAAAGGUAAUAUUUGUGUCCGUGGCGUACCGUCUAAAUAUAUUCGGCUUUUUUUCGACAUUGGACAACGAAGCUCCUGGAAACUUUGGCUUGUUAGAUCAAGUCGCAGCGUUGUCCUGGGUAAAAAAUAACAUACAAAGUUUCGGGGGAGAUCCGGAAAACGUUUGUUUAUUUGGACACGACGCUGGUGCUGUGAGCAUCGGGCUUCAUUUAAUAUCAACUUCGUCUUCCGGAUUAUUUCAAAAGGCUAUUGCCAUGAGCGGUAAUGUUUUGUCGCCGGAAACAGUUAAUAUUGCGAGAAAUCAAAUGAUUACUGUCGAUAAAGUAGCCUCAGCGUUCAGUUGUUUUCGAAAGCCAACUUUUCAAUUGCUAGACUGUCUUCGACGGGUUAACUACCAAGCAUUACUGGAUAUCGGCGAACCUUUAUCUUCAUGGAAACCUAUCGUAGACAACGGCUUCAGCAAUAUAUCACAACCAUUUCUAACAGACCUGCCAAGUAGAUUGUUUCAAAAUGAAAUAUUUAGUCCUGUACCGAUUUUGACUGGUUACACUAACAUGGAAGAUGCUCUUCUAUUGGACAAAGAGGGAAAAGAAGAUGCUGGUAUAAGUCAAAGAGAAUUCGAUGUGAUGCGUGAAGAAGUUAUUCUUUCAGACAUAACAGUGGACAACAGUUCCUGUUUUACAAACCAGCAUCAUAUACAAGAUGCUGUAGCAUUUUUCUACAAACCUAUACCGCCGACAACCAAUGAGACUAUACUGAGGAAACAAUUUUUAGACUUUUAUACUGACAAGGUUUAUGGGGCCACUACUUAUCAAUUAGCUAGAUAUUUGAGUAAACUCGCUCCCGUCUAUCUUUAUCGAUUCGAUUUAAAACCAUUUUCUGACGUAGCCAACGAAAAUAUACCAGAUUGGAUUGCAGUACCUCACAAUUUUGAUUUGAUUUUUACCUUUGGGAUGCCCCAUUUGGCGCUGCCUGAAGAUUUAACAAAAUGGGAUUACAGAGAUAAGAGCAUAUCGGAUAUCAUUAUGAAAAUGUGGACGAAUUUCGCUUGGUAUUCAAAUCCGACAAAUUCGGGUGUAAUUAUUCAGUGGGAUACAUUUGAAAUCGAGAGACCUGGUUUUUUCAUCAUCGAUCGUCAAAACUUUACAAUGAGUACGCCACAGACAGUCAAUUACAAGGCAUUCGAAUUUUGGACGGAUUUCUACCCAAAAGUGGUAGCAAUAGGUACAAAAUGCUGUAAAGAGAAAAUGGCAUUUAAACAAAUUUUGAUCCUUUUUGUCUCGGUAUGGCUUGUGUCGGGUCAAAGGCCUUCAUUUGCUGGCUCAAAACCAAUCGGAUACCCUGAGUUAGUAGACAAACCAAACGAUCCUCUCGGCAAUAGAUUCGGUGAAGAUUUAGUUCUGCCCAUCGAAGCUAAGGGUGAUAGAGAUCUUGUGGAGCGCAUCAGCAAAUUACCAAUCGACCAGCAGCCAUUUUGGUACAUAAACUGGAAAGCUCUUGAAGAACAAAGAAAAAAUCCACAAACUUACCAAGAAAGACCCAACUCCUUUGUUGACACGAACGUUAAUCAAAUCCCAAAUAUUCCUACUGAAUCUGACAAUCUUAGCUCUCGAUUUGAUAGUAGCACCAACCAAGGGACAAACGCCAAUAAUGAGAAUAAUUUCGCCCAAAACAAACAGAACUACAGCAAACGCCAUAGAUACUAAAAUAAAAUUAAUUCUAAGGUUAAAUAAAACAAUUGUACCAAGUAAUAAAACACAUUAUAUUGACUUUUAAAUAAAUAAAACUUAAUUAAUACUAAGCGUAUUCUUACAGCUAACACCUUAGUGACAUAAUUUAAAAAAGUAUCAAAAUGCAUUCGUUUCUAAUAGAAUGACUCGUAAUAUAUUUUAAAAAAAUCAUUUUAUUUCGUUCUAUUCCUAUAACAACCUUCUAUAUAGGACACAAUUUGCAUUGAAAAUAAAAAGUAACAAAAAAUCCUAUCAAAAUAUUUUGGUUCCAGAUUUUAGAGCCUAAAUAGCACAGCCCUAGUUUAUAAUAUUAUUACAGUGUAUCAACAGAACUUGUGAAAGUAUUUUGUUACUUAGUGUUGUUGCUAGUACUCUUUGUACUUGAAGCUAAUACAUAAUUGGAUGUUUAUAACUUUACAAAUUCUAUUUAAAAUAACUGUUUGCUUAUAAAUUAGUAGUUUUCCUAACAAUAUGCGCAUUGAUACAAAUUGUACGUCGGUUGACAUUUUUAAUGAACCAACUUUUGAUAAAUACAAAAUAAGUUUAAAAAAAAAAAACAAUAUACCGCUAUACCGUAACUGUACAUGAACAAACUUAGAAAUAAGUGGUAGGUACUAUUUUGAGGAUGGUUUUAGUAAUAUUACUUAGAGUAUUAUACAGCCAGUAUCUGAUGACAACAUAGGUUGAAAGAUUGAUGACACUGAUAUUUUAAAAUAAUUUAAAAUCUUUCAAUUUAUCAUAUCAAAGAGUCAAAUAUAGAUUGAAUAAACAUGAUAGAUCACAUGA